AUGGAGCCUGCCAAUUGUCCAAACUGUGCGACGGAUUCCCCAUCUUCCUCGGAAGGCAGAGACUAUGAUCGCACCAUGAAUUUCGGGGUGGUGAUGGGCGUAUUGGGUGGAAUGGCUUUGGUAAUGCUGUUCGUUCUCAUCGCCGUCCCACUUGCCAGAUGCCGCAGGAGAAGAACGGGCGUGAGCACACGGGAGGAUGUUGAGACCAGUUUUCUCACUUCCCGGCGAUCUUCCUUCCGCAAUCAAAAGAUGCCGUCCGGACCGGACGCUUUUCUGCCCCUCAUUGAUCCAGUCUCGACUUUCACCUGGUCAGAUCUCCACACAAAGAACUUGAGGACAGACUCGAUGGAUCAGGCGGCUACUUACUCCUUCCCCACCGACAAGGCCCCCACUUCGCACAAGAGCCGGGGGCGACGUUCGUCGUCGGUGGAGGAUGAGAUGGCGGAACACACUGAGGACCGUGCGUGUCCGAGCCACACAGUGACACCUGCCGUCCGCAGUCCGACACCACCGGGACUCCCGUCCAAGAUUGACGCCAACACAGCUGCAGGCAGGCGCUCACCCUCUUCCGUCUGUCCCUUAUCUACCGACGCCGGUGGCGCGAUCCCGCCAAUGCUCCCGUUGUCCCCAGUUUCGCCUGCAUCUACGACUCCUGUGAGGAGUUCUAGCCGUUCUAGAUGGGCUGCUCAGAAACCGGGCAUGGAUCCCGUUAUUGAAGACAGUGGCGAUGUGUCUACCCCAUCGCGCCGGUUACCCUCACCCCCUACCUCACCUGACCAAACACAACCCAAGUGGAAGAGUGGACGGCGUGCUAGCCUUACGAGUACAUCGUCAACGCCUACGACCCUGCCAUUCCGUCCUCGCUCUGGGACUGGUCCUUCGUUACCUCUGACAUCGGCGUUCAAAACAAGCGUUCGAUCGUCCGCAUCGCAGCGGUCCGACACUCAUCGUUAUGCUUCGACCUCCACCUCUCCAUAUCCCCCGCCUCGAUCGCGUCCCAGUUCAGUAUCGAUGGAGGUUACACAGCAGACCGCUCCAGAAGUACCAAGGCCCGUCGACGAGUUCCGACGGUUGAGUACGACCGACAUACGACAUCGCCAUCCUCCUGAACGGAGUAUUUCCCCUGGAUCCAUGCACUCAUCGCGCGCAUUUGUCCGCUCUUCCGAGGCCGGAUCAUCACGGUUUAGUGCACACACACGAGGCGCAUCGCUGUCAUCCCUUGCGCCCUUCUCUCCCUCUCCCUUGAACUCCGCUAUUCCACCCCCUCAUAUACCGUACUCCACCACCGGUAGGCGGUCGCAACCGCCCAGUGUGGUUUGGAAGCAGCAGCUUCCCCAGCCCCAGCCCCAGCCCCAGCCCCAGCCCCAGCAGCCUGCGUUGGUCAAACGGAGAGACAGUUUGGCGCUGCGCCCAUUGCCACCUUCCGCAUUCAUCGCCUCGCCGCCCAACAGUCCGCCUCGUGCUCCCUCAACGCGCAGCAGAUCUAACAGCGUGAAGACGGAAAAUAGCCUCCCGUCGCGCCUCCCUCCGUUUGAUCCGUUACCGCCACUGCAAUUUGACCGCAAAUUUCAACCCGAGGACAGGGAGGGUGUGGAAAGGGAGUCUGUAUCAUCCCAUCGUGAACAUGCACCAUAG